CGCGUUAUUAAAUAUGGCUGCCUUUGGAGUGCAUUUUGGCACGACUUCAGCAUGUCUUGCUGUGUACAAGGAUGGAAAAACAGAUGUGGUGGCCAAUGAUCUUGGUGACCGGACAACACCAUGUAUAGUAGCUUAUACAGAUCUUGACCAGGCUGUUGGAGUUGCAGCAAAGCAAGGGAGUAUAAGGAACACACAGAAUACCAUUAGUUUUGUCAAGUGUGUAUUGGGAAGACCAUGGGAGGAUCCAGUCACCCAGGAAUAUGUAAAAAAAUCACCUGUAAAGAUUGAGAAUAAGAAUGGACAGUUAGUCUACCUGGUUGAUUUCAAGGGAGAAAUGAUUAAUGCAACUCCAGUAGAUGUGGCAACAGCUAUUUACAAACAAAUGAAAGAGACUGCGAGUAGUCAUGGAGAUGGGGAUAUUCAUGACUCUGUCCUGGCUGUGCCUUCACAGUUUUCUACAGAGCAAAGGAAAGCAUUUGGAGAGUGUGCUUCUCGGGCUGGAUUCAGUGUGUUACGGACUAUCAAUGAACCAGUUGCAGCCUUGCUGGCAUAUGACCUAGGUCAAAUAGACAAUACUGUACAGUGUAAUGUAUUAGUGUAUCGCCUUGGGGGAGACUCUACUGAUGUCUCAGUAGUGCGUCUACACGCUGGACUCUACAGAAUCCUAGGAAGUACCAGCACUCAACAAGUGGCAGGAAGCAAGUUUACCAAUGUUCUGGCAGAUUUUCUGGCUCAGGAAUUUUACAAAAAAUAUAAGUUGGAUAUCAAAGAAAGUCGGAGGUCCUUAAACAAACUAAGAAUGGCCACAGAAAUAUGUAAACACACUCUGUCUACAUUAGAGAAUGCCCAGGUCUCUAUAGAUUCAUUGCAUGAGGGAGUGGACUUUCACAGCAGUGUAUCCAGAGCCCGAUUUGAGAGCAUGUGUGGAGGUCUAGUACAGAAGUGUAUAGCACUCAUAGAAGAUGUUUUUGCCAAAUCCUGUGUCAAUUCAUCAGAUAUAGAUAAGGUCAUUAUUUGUGGUGGUGGUGCUAAACCUCCAUUAAUACAAAAGGCAAUCUCAGACUAUCUAAAUAAUGCAGAGAUAUUGAAUUCAAUCCCACCAGAUGAAGUGAUAGCCAUUGGAGCAGCAAAACAGGCUGCCAUUUUAACAGGAGAUAAGGAAUGUGAACUCCUUGAAGGUGAAAAUGAAAUAGAAUGUCUCUCAAAGACUGUCUGUAUUAAAGGCAUGAAUGUCAACAGAGAUCUUGUAUUAUAUCCAAUAUUCCAAGAGAUGACCCCCUUUCCAGCUCGAAGACAAGAAGUGAUGAAUUUGUGUCCAAAUCAAACAUCUAUGGAGAUGGAUAUUUGUGAGUGCACUGAUGUUGAAAAUCCAGACACUGCAAAGUGUUUAGGAAAAAUUGUGAUGAGAGACUUGCCAGAAAAAGCCUGUAUAUCUAUGACUUUUCACUUGAGGAGUGAAGGAUCAUUACAUAUAACCUGCCGCGAGGAAACAUCACAGCAAAUAGAGCAGAUUACAUUAGAUGUCUGCAGCUGAUCUAUUAUGGACACAAACAGUCAUGAAUUGGAUAUAUGUUAUUUCCUGGAGGUGACCGAGCCAUAGUUUUGAAUACUCUGUGUGUCGUAUGUGGUUGUCAUGAGACAGAUUUGCUCAAGAUUUAAAAGUAAAGUUGCAAAAAAAAGCUGUCUAUUAUAUUGUAUGGAUUUGAAAUAAGGAUAUUCCAAGUUUUUCCCAUGUUUAGUGUUCUUGUGCACCUUGGUGUUUUGACACCCCAGAUCAGAUAUCAGAAAACAAACACAAAAUCAGUAGUCCAAUAACAGACUUGUUUACCCAAAUUGUUGUCUCUCAGUAUUUUUCAUUAGAUUUGUCAGUGAGAUUUGGCAUUUGCCCAUAAGAUUUCACUUUUCAUGGACUGUACAUAUAUUACUAGAAAACUACUACAUUUCUUAUUACCAAAACAUGGUUUAAUAACAAAGCAAAACAUCAUACACUGCUCUCUUUUGAGUGAUUUCUGUCAUUUUUUAAACCACCGCGUUUUGGCAACUUAAAUGUUUGAAAAUUUUCUCUUCUUUAGCGAUCAAAAAGCGUCAAACUGAGACAGAUAACGAAAACUAAUUGUUAAAAUCCAUAUGAACGGAUUUCCGUAUUUUCGUUAUAGCAAAACGUAAGACGUAUUUUGGACUGAAAAUCCGUACAAAAUACGGCGAAAUCGUAAGAGUAAACAGGUCUGCAAUAAUUAAUCACUUUUGUUGAAACCUUUAAAUUUUUGUAAAUUUGUUUCUGUUUUUGUUGUGAAUCUGUCAUGAUAGGUAUAUAGUACGCAUAUUAUAUAACUGAUUUUGCAUAGGAAUAUACAUGUAUAUUUCUAUGAGAAAGCUAGAAUUAAUAAAUAAAAUCUUAAUGAA